AUGUCGACGUACAAAGCCGCAUACCCCGCCCAGGUCUCGGUUGACCCGGAGGUUGUCCGCUUCUUUGAGAACUUCUACGCCGUAUCCGAUACUCCUGGUGCCCACGAUGUCUACGUUGAUCAGUUUACGCAGGACGCAACGUUCAAGUUGGGUUCAAAGACUUCGCAGGGCCGGAAGGAAAUCACGGACUUGAGAUUAGGAAUGUGGACCGCGGUAUCGCAACGAAAGCACACCGUCGAAAAGGUGUUCCCUUUUGGCAACAACAGCCACGAAGUCAUGCUGUACGGCACCGUCGAGUACGAGUUGAAGGCCGGUGGAAAGGCGAACGUGGAGUGGGGAGGCCGAGCAGAAUUGGUCAAGUCCAACGAGGAUGGGAAGUUCAGAAUGCAGUUCUAUCAAGUCUACCUGGAUACUGCUGCAUUGUCUGCCAAGAAAUAA